UUGUUUCAAGUGACCAUAUUUGAUGAAGCGAAUGCAACGUCUUUGUCUUUCUUAGUCAAAACAUCUAAUUCAAAUGCAAAGAGUCUGCCGUAUAAAAAUAGUGAAUUGAAUUGCUGAAAACACACCCAAGAAUUUGCGAAAUCAAACUGCGUGGAGAGGAUGACGAGAAUGUUUUCUUUUGUUUUUACAGUUAUCGUGGCGCUUAUUUGUGCAAGCCCCAGAAGUUCUCAGGCGAGGACAGAGGGGCUUGUCAAUGUGGACAUAACAGUCAGCACAAGUAAGCUGAAGGAAACCAGACAAUUCUACACAAAAUACUUGAAGUUCAAAGUAGUAAAGGAAACCCCUGGAUUUCUUUCUCUAUCACCCGGACCAGGAAUAGCUUUUCUUGAUUUCGUCGUGGAGGGUGCAGAGCAUUCAUGUGCCAGACCACAGUUGGCCAAGGAAUUCGCGGGAAAAGGCAUGUUCCUCACAUACAACUUUGGAGACGUGGAUGCUGCUUGUGAAGAGUUUAACAAGUCCGGCUAUCCAAUGGCCAUGCCAAUCAAAACUGAACCCUGGUUUGAACGUCACUGUUACGUCAUAGAUCCAAAUGGAAUACCGCUGAAUCUGGCGCACUGGAACGAAACUCCAGCUGAGCCAAAGGGUGCUAGCAGCAUGGUAUUUUAUUACACCUCUCAUGAUUUACAAGAACUACAAACUUGGUACAGCAAACACUUGAACAUGACAGUGGAGAGAGGGGUGGACUGGGUUGGCUGGGUGUUAACGAUGACCGCUGCUAAUGGCACCGUGGAGUUUCGUCCUUUCCAACCUCGGAACAUAACUUAUAACCCAGCGUCUUUGAUCCCUCAUCUGCUGGAAGAGUUUGACGGACAUGGUCUGUCAUACACUUUUAACUUCAACACCUCGAGUGAAAUUGAUAGGUAA